AUGGCCGCAGCGUUGGAAGCAGAAUCGGAUCUCCGGGGAGAGAAGGAACCAAACUCAGGUGGAAGCCAACCUGUCACUCUGUCAGAAAUGCGACUACCUUUAAAAGAUUGUAUAUGCAAUAUCCAGAAAGCAGAUACAGCAAAUUACUAUUAUAUAAUCAUGCUAAAAUCAGAUGCAAAAAAUAUGGUUGCAACACCUUUAGCAAGUACUGCUAAUUCUCUGUGUGGAGAUGCUCUUUCUUUUUCAACAACAUUUACAUUGCAAAAUGUGUCCAGUGACUUUGAGAACAACACUGAAGUUUAUAACUUGAUACAGAAAAAAGAGUUCAUUGGUGUCGAUAAGAAGAAAAAAUCAAUUAAGUCAAAGGCUAUUACUCCAAAGAGAUUACUGACGUCUAUUACUACUAAAACUAAUCUUCUUGCACCAGCUAUGACCAGUCCAGGUGGACCUAAUUCUGUGCGCACAAGUAACUUUGUUCUUGUUGGUUCACAUACAAUUUCACUGUCUUCAUAUUGGACUUAUCCAGAUGAUGAAAAGAGAAAGCAUCCAUUGGGCUCCAUAAAUUUGGCAAACUGCACUAAUCGCCAGAUUGAACCAGCCAACAGAGAAUUCUGUGCUCGUCCCAAUACCUUUGAGCUAAUUACUGUUCGUCCCCAGAGAGAAGAUGAUAAAGAAAUUAGCCAGUGCAGAGACACACUCUGUGUUACCAAGAACUGGUUAUCAGCUGAUACUAAAGAUGAGCGUAAUCUUUGGAUGCAGAAGUUAAAUCAAGUGCUUAUUGACCUUCGCAUGUGGCAACCUGAUGCUUGCUAUGUCCCUAUUGGAAAACCUUGAAUUAUGUUUUCUCCUUAAAGCUUGCUUUAAGAGCUAAAUAUAAAUGAUGUUAUUUUUAAAUGAGUGAUAUGUAAGCAAAAUUAAUAUAAGCUGAAUGGUGCAAUAUUAAGGCUACUCAGUUAAAUAGCAGAUAUGCAGCUUCCACAAAUGUUUUCUACUGGUAUCACAAUGUGCUAUGAUGUAGCUGCAUUUGCUUUGAAAAAUUAAUAGACGUGCACUUCCUUUACAUGAUGUGGCUUUAAAUAAACACUAAUACUUUAAAAAAAAAAAAAAAA